CUUACUAUUCCAAUGAAGUUUCCGAACUGAUCUUUGUGAUCCUUUUUUGUGAGAAUGUCGUCUUCCACAAAAUGUUUUUCGCAUACAUAAUGGGAUCUUUUAAGGACAAACUUGUCUCGUGGAAUUGCUUUCUGCCACAAUUGCCUAACAUUGUCAUUAUUGGGAACUCGGAAUAUCGCAACUUUCUCGUCCGACUUUGCCUGAUAAUUUGUUUUGCAUCCAGUUGCAACACAAUGGUUAGGCAUUCUCACAAUUACAAUAAUACACGCUUAUUCUCUUUACUAACAAUCAAUGCUCCUUGCUCACAAUGAAGUUCCCGUCUUCCCGCCAAUGCUAAUGUGGAAACAAUACUAUGUAACCUAAUUUAAGUACUUCAUUUAUGAGAUAAUUCCCAAAAUUAUAAAACAAAAACACAUCCAAUUUUAUACUGUAUCGAUAUAUGGAGAUUAAUGCAUUUUUAACAUUUAAAUGAAAAUUUAAAUGAAUAUUAUGUUGAGUUGUUCAUAACAACAAAGCUUAAAAUACCACCGCAGAACAAGCAGCGCUACAGGUCAGAUGGUGGAGCGGAGAGGAACUACGGAGACAUUAGGUGUGCCACUUUUGCAUGCUGGCCUGGUUGGGGAGUGUCCAGACCUCCCCUUCUUAGGUUUCCAGUAACCAAUCGCAUUAUUCAUUAUGAUUGUUGUAGCAACCACUACUGUAUAUGAAAGUACAAAUUUUUAACACACUGCGAUUUGAGAAUUAUGUCGUUGUUAAUUUAUUUUAAGUACACGCACCCUUAAUCUGAGUCAGUAUAGUAAAAUAAUGAACUUUCAGCCGUUGCUGAUAAUGUUCUAGCUAUGGGAGACAUGAAAGAUAAUAGCAUCCACCGCACUGCUCAAAAGUUCGCAGUAGAGAUACAACAAAUGGAAGAAUACAGAACGCUGUAUUCAAACGUUGAGAAAAUAGCUGCUUCACCGUGUGUCCAGAAGGGUGAUUUCAAAGAAACUUUACUCUCCGCCUUGAGAACGUCAGGUGUGGAUAUGGAACUCAGGAAUGUAGUGUUCCACCGAAUGAGAUCACACUCCAACAAUGCCAACUCCACCAACGGAUAUCCUAUAAAGGAACCAUUGGCGUAUCUGAGAAAGGCACAGCUCCAGUGGGAGAAGCGGAUCCACAAGUCCCUGAACUCGAUGUGCGCCGAGCUGGGGGUGCCCCUGGCGCGCCUGCGGCUGGCCUCCGACCGGGACGAGCUGUCCGACAAGUGGAACGAGCUCAGCACCUACGACAUUGAUCUCAGCCAGUACCGUCCUGUCUACGCCCCGAAGGACUUCUUGGAGGUGUUGCUGUGCAUCAAGAGUCCAAACUACCGACCUGUCGAUGGCGAAGGGCUGUGGCAUUUUGCGCAGAUUCCAGUCCGGGUGAAGACUCUUGCAGAAUUGCGCAGCCUGUAUGCCGAGAUCUCCCGGGGGGAGCCCCUGCUGGGGGUGAACCCCCACAUGCCGUCCGCCAGCCACCCCACCCUAGAGGCGGAACGCACCGUCCUGGGCGAGAAGGUGAUUGGUGCCAACCACGCGCCGGUGGCUCAAGAGUUCCUGAAGCGCGGCUGCCCCAAGUGCCAGCGAGGCAAGGUGUGGGCUCAAGUGCUGGGCUCCCAGGUUCGGCAGUCGCACGUACAACACUUCAACCGCCUGAAGCAGCUAGUGCUGCAGUAUGAUCUUCUUGUUGACAAGCUCAUCAUAAAAGACGUGCAGUUAACAGCUUCCAAUGAUGAUCAGUACUUUGUUUUUGAAGACAUAUUGUACCAGGUGAUGCUGUGCUUCUCUCGCGACACAGAUGUGCUGUCCGUGUUCAACCACAGCGCCAGCAACCCGGUGCAUGCCGUGCUCAAGAACAGGACGCCGUAUGUGGAGAACUCCGUCAUCUUCCCCCCCAGCGGCAUCAUCCCCUUCCACGGAUUCACCAUGUUUGCCAUGCCGGUGUGCUACCUGUACGAGGACCCGGCGGAGCUGUACUUCACGUUCCGGGCGCUCUACCUGCGCUACUGGUUCCAGCUGCAUGAGGUGUCCUCCCGCGAGCAGGGCAUCCUGCCGCUGUGCCUGCUGUUCGAGCGCCUGCUGCAGCGGCACGAGCCCGGGCUGUGGGCGCACUUCCGCCUCGCCGGCGUGCAGCCGGUGCGUGUGGUGUUCAAGUGGCUGAUGCGGGCGUUCAGCGGCCACCUGCCGCCCGAGCAGCUCCUGUACCUGUGGGACGCCGUCCUGGCAUACGACUCCCUCGAGAUCCUGGCCGUGCUUGCCGCCGCCAUACUCAGCUUCCGCAAGGAGAACCUGCUGCAGGUGGACACGCUCCAGGCCGUCGAGGCAGUUGUCGCCGACCUCUCGUCGAUAGUGGUGAUGCCGCUGAUACAAGUAGCGUUGCUUCGAGAGAACGGAAACUGAAAAAUCAUCCUGGCUGUCUCAUUCUCCACUCCUCGCAUUGACCUCACUGUGUUCAGCAUGUCUCUACAAAUAUAGAAUUUGUAAUUUUUUUUUACUUAAUUUGAAAUAAAUUUGUAAAUAAAUUUGUAAUUAUUAUCA